AUGCGUGUUUGUCAGGAAGCCAUCUUGGAAUUUGAAUUGUUGAGGUUUUCUUUUGAAAACAUUACUACAAACGAGGUGCAUUUGGUAUUUUCGACAAUCGUUAGAGGUCCAAAGGGCCUAACUUUUCGAUUUGAUCUGUCAUUGAUGUCUUAAGUCAUGAGUAGCUACCAACUGAACAAUUCAGCCGGUCCUGCUAGGACCAUGAAUCCUAACAGCGGUAUGGACCUUGGCGACAUGCCGAUGGAGUCUAAACAACAGCAAACAAUGAUGUGGCAACAGAGUCAGUACAUGACAGAUUCAGGCAUUCACUCGGGCGCUACCACACGGGCCCCGUCUAUGAGCAGCAAAGGAGGCUUUGCGGAGGAGCUGGAGGAUGAAAGCAUGGACCCCUCCAAGAUGAUGUUUGACUGGGGACCAGGAGGAUUCGGGGAGGGAUACAGCCAAGAGCAAGUUGAUGACAUCAGUGCCCAGCUGAGUCACACCCGGUCCCAGCGUGUGCGGGCAGCCAUGUUUCCCGAGAGUCUGCCGGAGGGGGUACAAAUCCCCCAGACGAACCUGCACCCCGACCAGCCCACUGCCGUACAGCGCCUCAGUGAGCCCUCGCAGAUGUUGAAGCACGCCGUCGUCAACCUCAUCAAUUACCAGGAUGAUGCCGACCUUGCUACGCGAGCCAUCCCAGAGCUGAUCAAACUACUGAAUGACGAGGACCAGGUGGUCGUGAGCCAAGCUGCGAUGAUGGUGCACCAGCUGUCGAAGAAGGAGGCAAGUCGCCACGCCAUCAUGAACUCACCACAGAUGGUGGCCGCUCUUGUCCGAGCAAUGAACAACACUGACGACCUGGAGACCACCCGGUGUGCGGCGGGCACACUGCACAACCUGUCACAUCACAGACAGGGCCUCCUGGCAAUCUUCAAAUCGGGGGGAAUUCCAGCUCUGGUCAAACUUCUAAGCUCACCGGUGGAGUCCGUCCUCUUUUAUGCAAUAACCACUUUGCACAACUUACUACUGCACCAAGAAGGAUCCAAGAUGGCCGUACGACUGGCAGGUGGAUUACAGAAGAUGGUGGCUCUGCUACAAAGAAACAACAACGUCAAGUUCCUGGCAAUAACAACGGACUGUCUGCAGAUUCUGGCUUACGGAAAUCAGGAGAGCAAACUAAUUAUCUUGGCGAGCGGAGGUCCCGGUGAGCUGGUUCGCAUCAUGAAGACGUACACAUAUGAGAAGUUGCUGUGGACCACGUCGCGAGUCAUCAAGGUUCUCUCAGUGUGCUCCAGCAACAAGCCGGCCAUCGUUGAAGCAGGUGGCAUGGCAAGUCUUGCAAUGCAUCUUGGUCAUCAAAGUCAACGAUUGGUUCAAAACUGUCUAUGGACUCUUCGGAACUUGUCCGACGCUGCUACCAAAUGUGACUCGAUAGAAGGCCUGCUUCAGAUGCUGGUACAGCUUCUGACCUCCAACGACAUAAACAUCGUAACCUGCGCUGCUGGAAUUCUCUCCAACUUGACAUGUAACAACCAGCGUAACAAGGUGACCGUGUGUCAAGUGGGCGGGAUCGAGGCCCUGGUGCGCACCAUCAUGCAGGCCGGUGAUAGGGAGGAGAUCACCGAACCAGCUGUUUGUGCUCUUCGUCAUCUGACUGCCCGACACACCGAGUCGGAGACGGCCCAGAAUGCAGUUAGACUUCACUACGGCCUUCCUGUUCUGGUGAAGUUCUUGCACCCACCUAGCCGCUGGCCCUUGAUCAAGGCGGUGGUUGGUCUGAUUCGCAACCUGGCUCUCUGCCCCGCCAAUCAUGCCCCGCUGAGAGAGCAUGGCGCCCUGCCUAGGAUCGUACAUCUGCUCAUACGAGCUCACCAAGACACUCAGAGGCGUACGUCCAUCAACUCUCAGAACGGCGGCUCAGGCUAUGUUGACGGUGUACGUAUGGAGGAAAUCGUGGAAGGAACUGUUGGUGCUCUUCACAUCCUGGCACGCGAAGCCCACAACAGGGCUGUUAUUCGAGAUCUCAACUGCAUCCCGCUUUUCGUACAGUUGUUGUAUUCCCCCAUUGAAAACAUCCAGCGAGUGGCUGCCGGAGUCUUGUGUGAGCUGGCUGCUGAUAAAGAGGGGGCAGAGAUGAUUGAACAGGAGGGUGCCACCGCCCCCCUCACCGAGUUGUUACACUCCCGUAACGAGGGUGUAGCUACGUAUGCUGCUGCAGUUCUGUUCCGAAUGUCGGAAGACAAGCCACAGGACUACAAGAAACGCCUGUCAAUGGAGCUGAGCACUUCCCUGUAUCGUGGAGACCAGAACAUGCCUUGGUCUGAGCCUCCUGGGUUCGAUGAUGCCGGCGCAUUGAGUCUUCCCACACAAGAGCCGCGAGAACAGAUGUACCAGCCUCCCCCUCACCACGGUAGUCAGGGCAACAUGGGCGGGUACGAGAUGCAGAGAACUCCAGGCAGUUUUGACCAAGUGCCAGUUGACUCGAUGCAGGGCCUGGAGAUUGGAAGCCAACAAGGAAGUGGUUAUGGACCAAUUGAAACAAUUCCGGACUUGGGUCCAGGGUCAGGCGAUUUGAAUUUUGAAAAUCUCGAUUCCAGUCUGCACCAAAGUGGUGCUGGCGAUAAUCAAGGCAUGGCCUGGUUUGACACUGACCUUUGAAAAGCUGUUCAUUGAUUGGACGAGAGGUUUUAAAGAAGGUGCCCAUGUUGUACUGUAUCAAAAAUAUAUUGACGUUGCGACGAGAUCUGAUUGAUUGGUAGACAGGGUUGAAACAAGGUAUACAACAUAUCAAAAAUAUCCUGAAAACAGUUUCACUUGUAUAAAGUUUUAAAUGGGGCAAUUGUACAUUUUAUUGUCUUGCCAAAAUUCAGAAAAAAAAUGUUUAUGUUUGGGGAAGAAGUGGGGGGUGGGGUGGGGAUCUUUU